AUUUGUUGCCCUGUGUCUCAGCUGUGCGGGUUACAGAGCGAAGACGGUGCGGACGUUCAGUUGCAUCUCGCGCCUCAUUUAUUUCAUGUAUUAUUGUUAUUAUUUAUUAUAUAAUAUACGCAGUUAAACAGCGCAGUUUCGUCGCAGGAGACAGAGAUACAGACAGAGGAGGAGGGACAAAGUACCUGUCUGUCACCGGGGGAUGAUGAAGAAAACCCGGGAGGUGAUCCUGAAGGAGUCGUCUGAUGGAGAAGAAAACCUGACUGGGAUGUAAACACAGACCGUCGAAUUCUUACUAGGAGUGUUUCCCAUCACCAUGUUGAGCCCACGUGAGAGCCCGCUCCUGACUCACCUGCUCCUGCUCCUCCAGCUCCUUCUGCCCCUCAGCCUGUCCCUCCUGCUCCCUCCUCACCCCCCGACAAUCCACGUCCCCACGCUGAUCCCUCACACACCGACGCCUCUCACUCGCUCUCGCUUCAGUGCUCAGACUCAGCUGGACCUCACCACUCACUGCAACUCCAGCUGCUUCCACAGAGGAGAGCAGGACGAGCAGCUGACGGAGAAAAUGGCCUUUGAGACCCUGUACUCUGACGGCUCCCGCACUCUCACUACUGUGGAUGUGGAGGAUGAGGAUGAGUUCAAGGGCGACGCCCCUCUUUUUCCAUACACUUCACAGGGCAGAGGAGCCAGACUGAAGCCCAGACACAAGCGUGUGAGGCGACAGAUCUAUGGAGCAGACGGUCGUUUUAACAUUCAGGGCGACAACUUCCUCUUGGAUUACCCUUUCUCCACAGCCGUGCGGAUCUCCACAGGCUGCACCGGUGUUCUUGUGUCUCCGCUGCACAUACUCACAGCUGCCCACUGUGUGCAUGAUGGAAAGGAUUAUGUGAAAGGGGCGAGGAAACUGAGGGUGGGCUUCCUGAUCCCACCGUCUAUCAACAACACAAACGACGGCUUCACCUCCACCAACAAGCCUCGUGUGCGCUGGGUGAGAGUGAAACGUACUCGUGUGCCAAAGGGCUGGAUCCAGGGCCCUCAGGAAGUCAGUAUGGACUUUGAUUACGCCCUGCUGGAGCUGCGCUGGCCUCACCGGCGUCCCUUCAUGCGCCUCUCUGUGGCUCCCUCCUCUGACGACCUCGCCGGGAACCGUAUCCACUUCUCCGGUUUUGACAGUGACAGACCCGGGGAGCUGGUGUACAGGUUCUGUCCAGUAGAGGAAGAGUCCAGCGACCUGAUUUACCAGCACUGUGAUGCCCGGCCAGGAGCCAGCGGCUCUGGGGUGUAUGGCAGAGUCUGGGACAACAGUUUAGAGCGCUGGGAACGGAAAGUCAUCGGCAUAUUCUCUGGACACCAGUGGCUGGAGAUUGAUGGGGAGAACCGGGAUUACAAUGUGGCUGUGCGCAUCACUCCUCUGAAGUUUGCGCAGAUCUGUUACUGGGUGCACGGCAACCGACUAGACUGUGCCCAGGACUGAGAAGAACAAGUGUUAAAAGUAUAGCAUGAAAAACAACACAAGAAAGCACAUAAUGACUGUUUUCGCAGUGUCUUAUUUCAACUAAAUCGUUCCACUUUAAACAGGAUUAAAUCCAUUAAAAACAGAUUACCCUUCAGUGACACACCAGAUCUACUUACUCACUUACUUUUCAAUUUAGUUUCCAUUCAUUGAGGUGUUUCUCUGUUUUAAUUUGCUCCACAUAAUUUAAACGAUUCUGUCUGUGGGAUCAUCACCGUGACAUAUUUUAAUAUGUUUGGAGUCAGUGUUUCCACAGUGUUAACAUAAACCACUUUUUAUAAGAGGGGGAAAAAAAACACUUUUCUUGUGUGUUCAGUGCGUGUCAGAAACAGCACGUUGUUUCUCAACUGUGAUGAAUGAGUCUUUGCUGUACAUCAUGGGGGGAAAUGGUUUGAUAUUUUUGCAGCUCUCCGAGGGUCAUUCAGCUUCAUGUGGCAUGAUCUGCUUUCUGAUUGAUGUACGGCUACAAAAGAACUGUCUGUAGUUUAUUGAAACCACUGAUGCCGAACACUUCAGCAGUUUGAAGUGUGGACUGGAGAGACAAAGUGUUAAUCUUUAUUUUAUUUGUAAAAAUAAAUGCUUGAUAUAUUUUAAUUAA